GCGCGCUGCCCAACUUGUGUUUGUUAUGACACCUAUUUUGUAACAGGGUUAGACCAAUGAUCUAUCAGUGGGUUAGACAGACGGUGUGAUAUUUGUUUGUUCACAUUGCCCUGGAAAACCACAGGACUUACUUGGCCAGAGUCACAGCAGCAUAUACGUGCAUAUUCAGCUCCCUAAAUGUUUCCAGCCUGUAGACAUUCCCUCCAAGCACGGAGGUGUAUACGUACACUAAAGGCAUUUCACACGGACCGUGUUGCCCCUCAGGUGUUCUUCACACGGUGUUGCUCUUCUGUCUCUGUGCCACGAAUUACCACUCAUUACACAGUGUACCCCAGAGAUAAGGAUCCAAGAUGGGAAGGUGUGGAAAUGGAACGCUUUGCUGAUGAGGCAGAUGUUGUCAUUGUGGGCGGUGGCCCAGCGGGCCUAUCAGCAGCCAUCCGGCUGAAGCAGCUGGCCAACCAGCAUGAGAAGGAGCUGCGCGUUUGUGUGGUGGAGAAAGCAUCUCAGAUCGGAGCUCACACGUUGUCAGGAGCCUGUCUAGAGCCCACUGCACUCAAUGAGCUCAUUCCAGACUGGAAAGAGAGAGGGGCACCUCUGAACACUCCAGUUACAGAGGACAAGUUCUCCAUUUUGACCGAAAAAUACCGCAUUCCUGUUCCAAUAUUACCAGGUCUCCCAAUGAAUAACCAUGGGAACUACUUGGUGCGUCUGGGGCAUUUUGUUCGCUGGCUGGGGGAGCAGGCAGAGGAGCUGGGAGUGGAGCUGUAUCCUGGUUACGCGGCAGCCGAGGUGCUGUUUCACGAGGAUGGAAGUGUGAAAGGAAUUGCAACCAAUGAUGUGGGCAUUGCCAAAGAUGGCUCUCCAAAGGAUGUGUUUGAGAGAGGCAUGGAGCUCCACGCUAAGGUCACUAUGUUUGGUGAAGGCUGCCACGGACACCUGGCCAAGCAACUCUACAAGCAGUUCAACCUCAGGGAGAACUGUGAGCCACAGACCUAUGCUAUCGGCCUCAAAGAGGUUUGGGUUAUUGAUGAGAAGAAGUGGCGUCCAGGACGGGCAGAGCACUCAGUUGGCUGGCCGCUCAACAGAAACACAUACGGCGGCUCCUUCCUCUACCACCUCAAUGAGGGAGAGCCACUGGUUGCCCUUGGCUUUGUUGUGGGUUUGGACUACACUAAUCCUUAUCUGAACCCUUUCAAAGAAUUCCAACGUUGGAAACAUCACCACUCUAUAAAGUGUACCCUGGAAGGCGGCAACAGAAUAGCAUAUGGAGCCAGAGCCCUCAAUGAAGGAGGUUUUCAGUCAGUUCCUAAACUUACGUUCCCAGGCGGCAUGCUGAUAGGCUGCAGUCCAGGCUUCAUGAACGUGCCGAAGAUCAAAGGCACACACACGGCCAUGAAGAGUGGCAUGUUAGCGGCUGAGGUUGCCUUCAGCAAAAUCUCAGAUGAGAAUCUGCAGUCUGAAACAGCAGGUCUCUAUAUUCCUGAAUACGAGGAAAAUUUGAAAAAGUCCUGGAUAUGGAAGGAGUUGCAUGCUGUAAGGAACAUCAGACCGUCGUUCCAUAACUACUUUGGCCUUUAUGGAGGGAUGGUGUACACUGGAAUCUUCUACUGGAUUUUCAGAGGAAAAGAACCAUGGACUCUGAAGCAUAAUGGUCUGGAUGCUGCUCGGCUCAAGCCGGCAAAGGACUGUACACCAAUUGACUAUCCGAAGCCCGAUGGGAAGAUCAGCUUUGAUCUUUUGUCAUCUGUUGCCUUGAGCGGAACCAAUCAUGAGCACGACCAGCCGGCCCAUCUAACGCUGAAAGAUGACGGUGUUCCUGUGGCACAGAACCUUGCAAUUUAUGACGGCCCUGAGCAGAGGUUCUGUCCUGCUGAUGAACGUGGUACGUACGGGCGUUUGGAAAUUGCUGCCAAGGAUGACCUAGACUUGUGGUGGUCCACAAUUUUUUUUCUGAGGUAUUUUGAUUUUCCCAUGAUGUCAAGCAAAGAGGCACUGAGUUUGAAGGUAGGCCUUAAAAUGCAUCCACAGGUACACCUCCAAUCAGAAGCUAAUUGUCUAAGGCUUGACAACAUUUUCUUGAAUUUUCUAAGAUGCUUAAAGGCACAGUUAACUUAAUGCAUGUACAUUUCUGACCCACUGGAAUUGUGGUAUAGUCAAUUAAAAGUGAAACAAUCUGUCUGUAAACAAUUGUUGGAAAAAUUACUCAUGUCAUGCACAAAGUAGAUGUCCUAAACGACUUGCCAAAAUUAUAGUUUACUAAUAUUUAAUCUGUGGAGUGGUUAAAAAAAAGUUGUUUUUAAUGUAUGUAAUCUUCUGACUUCAACUGUAUAUACACUCACUGAGCACUUUUUUGUGAACACUAUGGUCUUAUUAAAGUGCUCGACGUGGUCUCAUGCUGUUGUAACCCAUUCGCCUCAAGGUUCGAAGUGUUUUGCAUUCUUAGAUGCUAUUCUGCUCACUACAAUUGUACAGAGUGGUUAUCUGAGUUACCAUAGCCUUUCUGUCAGCUAAAACCAGUCUGGCCAUUCUCCGCUGAUCUCUCUCAUCAACAAGGCGUUUCCGUCCACAGAACUGCCCCUCACUAGCUGUUUUUUGGCAACAUUCUGAGUAAACUAUAAACUGUUGUGCAUGAAAAUCCCAGGAGAUCAGCAGUUACAGAAGUAUUCAAACCAGCCCGUGGCACUAACAAUCAUGCCAUGGUCAAAAUCACUGAGAUCACAUUCUGAUGGUUGAUGUGAACAUUAACUGAAGCUCCUGACCCAUAUCUGCAUGAUUUUAUGCACUGCAGUCAUACGAUUGUCUCAUUAGAUAAUCGCAUGAAUAAGUAGGUGUACAGGUGUACCUAAUAAAGUGCUAAGUUAGUGUAUAUUAUCUAGUUUUGCUCUGUUCUAAAUAUCUCAUCAGCUAGCUAGAUUUUGCUCGUGUAGAGUGCAAGUUGUUCACAAGCCAUAAUGAUGUCAGAUUUGUGGUCAAAUUGUUUUUUUGAGUUGGUUCUUUUUAAUGAAUUGGUCAAAACUGUUCAUAAGUUGGUCUGAAUGAUUCAUAAGGGAAUCUGUCUGGAUAAUUUUUUAAAUUUCAUAUCUAGUAAUCACAAAUGAAUGGAAAAGUUGAGGAAAUUCAUUGUUCAAAAACCUGACAAUGGAUUAGUGUGAAUGUGGCGUAAACCUGCAGUAUUCUUUUGCCAGUACUGUUUAUUUGCUUCAGGAAAUGCAAAUCUUGUUGGUUUUGUUCUGCCUAAUUUUAUCCCCCUCCC